UUGAGCCUGACCGCAGCUGCUCUUAAGACCCUCAAAGCAGCCUCGGAGGUUCCAACGCGAGCGGGGCCUUUCUCAUUAGCGGGAGCCCAAGGGCAGCGUGGAAAUGCAAGGGGUUGAAAUUUCAGCUGGCGCCCGCAGCUCCUGUCUAGCUCCCAGAAUAGCAGGCCCAGGUUCCCGGCAGGCAGCCCCCGCUUCCGGCCCCAGCCCCCCCAGAAACAGAACAGCUGGUCCAAGGCCCCACCCCGAGGCCAGCUGGCAGGGCCUGUCCUGCUGGAGUGGAAGAGCCUUCCCGGUGGGGAGCCCGCUGGCGCGGGGCCUGGCCACCAGAAUGCCGGAACACCGAAAGACCUUGCUUGUCUGCCUGGGCUUCCCCCUCUUCCUGUUCCCAGGGGUGCAGGCACAGAACCAUGCCCCGCCUGGCUGCAGUCCGGACCUCAGCCCUCUUUAUUACAACCUGUGUGACCGCUCGGGGGCCUGGGGCAUCAUCUUGGAGGCAGUGGCCGGGGCGGGCAUCAUUACCACCUUUGUCCUCACCAUCAUCCUGGUGGCCAGCCUGCCUUUUGUGCAAGACACGAAGAAGAGAAGCUUGCUGGGUACCCAAGUCUUCUUCCUGCUGGGCAACUUGGGCCUUUUCUGCCUGGUCUUUGCCUGCGUGGUGAAGGCCAACUUCUCCACAUGUGCUUCUCGACGCUUCCUUUUUGGGGUGCUCUUUGCCAUCUGCUUCUCCUGUCUGGUGGCCCACGUGUUGGCUCUCAACUUUCUGGCACGCAAGAACCAGGGGCCUCGUGGCUGGGUGGUCUUCGCGGUGGCUGUGCUGCUGACCUUGGUGGAGGUGAUCAUUAAUGCUGAGUGGCUCAUCAUCACUCUGCUUCGCGUGGUUGGGGCUGACGGUGGCCCCAUGGGCAAUCACAGCCUGGCAACCAGUGCUGACACCCCCGUGGCCUCGCCCUGUGCCAUCGCCAACGUGGACUUUGUCAUGGCACUCAUCUACGUGAUGCUGCUCCUGCUGGCGGCCUUUGUGGGUGCCUGGCCCGCCCUCUGUGGCCGAUUCCGUCGCUGGCGGCGACACGGGGUCUUCGUGCUGCUGACCACGGCCACGUCCAUCGCCGUGUGGGUGGUGUGGAUUGUCAUGUACACCUACGGCAACCGGCAGCGUGACAGCCCCGCCUGGGAUGACCCCACGCUGGCCAUCGCCCUGGCUGCCAACGCCUGGGCUUUUGUCCUUUUCUACGUCAUCCCCGAAGUCUCGCAGGUGACCAAGGCCAGCCCCGAGCAGAGCUACCAGGGGGACAUGUACCCCACCCGCGGUGUGGGCUACGAGACCAUCUUGAAGGAGCAGAAGGGGCAGAUGUUUGUGGAGAAUAAGGCGUUUUCUAUGGACGAGCCAGCCUCAGGGAAGAGGCCCGUGUCCCCCUAUAGUGGCUACAAUGGGCAGCUGCUCACGAGUGUGUACCAGCCCACAGAGAUGGCUCUGAUGCACCGGGGCCCGUCUGAAGGUGCCUAUGAUGUCAUCCUGCCGAGGGCCACUGCCAACAGCCAGGCUCUGGGCAGUGCCAGCUCCACGCUUCGGGCCGAGGACAUGUAUUCGGUGCAGGGCCAGCAGGCGGGCCCGACUGCCCCGGACAGCAGCAGUUCACAGGGUCAGUCCCCGCAAAAUAAAACCAGAUGGUAACACCCUCUACCUGGACCACGCAUCGCCCGAUGGCCUCUUUCCUCCUGUCCCUUUUGUCAUUGGAGCUGAGACAGGCGGAAAGCCAACAUUCGGGAGCAGUGGACUUGGGGGGGGUCUGUGCACCCCCAAAUGUGAGGCUGGGGGGUUCUGUCAACACACAGCUCCUUUCCUACUCUCCGAAUGACUGAGGCCACAGGACAACCCACAAAGCCUGCUUCCCCUCAGGAUUAAAAUCUGCGCCCCAUAUUAUGCUCCAGAUGGCCAUCCUCGGGUGCCCGUCCUCACUCCAUGGGCGUUCCCGGACUUCCAGCAGCCUUCUGUUCUGUACCGUGCCCAGGGCCAGCUCCCCUGGUGAAACUGAUCAUGCCCUUCUCGCCAGGGAUCUGCCCCCCUAAAUGGACCAUGGAGUACUGUGGAACUGGGGGACCCAGACAAGGGUCCUCUCCAUGGCCAGUAGGAUGGAUCUCAGCGUUUUUUUCCUUCUCUCAGCCCCUCUGAUGAAUGGGGGUGCACCAAGAAGAAGUGAGAACUGGGGCUGCAUUCUUAGGGACCAGCUGAGCACCCUGGACUGCAUGGAUUGGGGUCUGGGAGGGACAUAGGUGAGUGAUACCCAGGACCGAACUUGGUGCCUUUUCCCAGCAGGCACAGCGCUUGGGGGUUACUCGGAUGUCCCGACCCACAUCCUGUUCCAGGACAAAGUCAAGGUGUCCUGGGGACAUGCACAGAGAGGGGACAACUCUGGUCUUU